AUGAGACUUCUUCCUUUCGUCGCUGCCGCGCUCGCGGUUGUUCCAGGUGCCUUCGCCGUUGAACAAAAGAAGUCGGCCAUCGUCUGGUUCGAGGACGAGUCCACCCCUGAUCGCAUCGUCGACGAGUGCAAGGAAGCUCUUAUCAAGGCCGGCGGCAAGAUUACUCACGUUUACUCAAUCAUCAAGGGCUUCUCCGUCAUCGCACCCGAAAAGGCACUCGAGCUGGUCCAGGUCAACCACGAGGAACACCAGAUUCGGGUCGAGAAGGAUGAGGUUGUGACAACGGAUUAG